UUCACUGUAUGCAUGUAUUAACUACAUGUUUUCAUAGAUAAAGGUUUUCGGUGUAAAGUGCCAGAUUGUCUAGAAAAUUACACUUGAGAGAUUGUAAGAAAGUUAAGCUUGAAGGAUGUAUAUCCAACACUUAUUCGUCGCUGUCUUCUUUGUCUGCACAGUGAACGCAGGGACAUUGAGGUGUAGACUUUGUAAUAAUGCGACAACUCUUUCUGACUGUAAUGAGCUGGUAACUUGUGACGACACCCUAGAAGAAUGCUUCAUGGACGAACAGGUUACUGACCAACUGACAGUGGUUUAUGAUGGAGGAUGCCGGGCAAAAGACGUUUGCUCAAUGGCGGGACGAAAAAAGAGAGAGGUUUGCGUGGGUUGUUCUCGAUGUUGUGCAUAUGGAGACGACUGCAAUUCUGGACUUUGUGGUAUUCCUAACCAUAACAUCAAAUCUACACAGUGUUACUCCUGUGACAAUAGAUCACCUUCGUUGUCUUCAAUAAGCCGCCCGGACCGGUGUGUGACUUUAACGACCUGCCAGGCAGACCAAGUGUGCUUCACUCAGGAAGGGCCCAUGGGUUCGUUCUACUAUGGAUGUCUAAGUAGAUUGCGGUGUAGAGUAUUAAUGCAACAAGUCUUCCAAGAGAUGGAUUUAUGCAACAAUCAACCUGAAACAUGUGUUGGUAUCAAACGUUCCCAAUAUGUCUGUAAUUCAUGCUGUGCAAUGGGCGGAUGUAACUUUGGGAGUUGCCAUCAGCAAAAUGAAAGGCUUUAUAAGCUUUGGAAGGCGGGUUUGUUUGACGUUCACACACUCGAUGGCACUGAACAAAUAUCAGGCUACAGAAAACGAAGGGCAUGCUUGUAAUUCCUUAAUUAAAGAAUAUGCUAAAAUCGCC